AUGAAGCGAGAACCUCUGGGAGUUAUUGGCUCUAUCAUGAGGCGGUGGCCAGCUCGCCUCUCCCUCUCGCUUGCGCUUUCGUUGGUGUUUUCCUGCAUUUCCUCUCGAUCAGCAGCUGCAGCAGCCAACAACGUUUCACUUCUAGAUGCAAAUAACCCUUAUGCAUCUCUCGGUGCACCUACAGAGACCAGCCACAACGCCCUGGGUGAUGGUUCUCUCUCUUACCGCACGGAGUCGCUAGAAGAUGACUACAUUCCUCUCGCGCAUCCUCCCCCUCAUGGUGUUCAUGCGAAUGAGCCUUCUCUGCAGCAGCUGCAGCAGCUUCAGCAGCUGCAGCAGCCCCUCAUGGUGUUCAUGCGAAUGAGCCUUCUCUGCAGCAGCUGCAGCAGCUUCAGCAGCUGCAGCAGCAACAACAGCAGCAGCAGCAGCAACAGCAACAGCAGCAACCUGUACAUGUUGAGCGUCAUGUGA